GACCCUCCCACAAAAAUGAAUAGUAUAUAAAGAGAAACCAGUGAUGAUUUCCAUCAAAGGAACUUCUUGAUCUCAUUAACAGAGGAUUUUUCAGCUUUCCAGAGUGACAAUGGUGGAUUAUGAAGUGACAGUAUCCACGACCAAUCUCGUCACUGCCACCACUUUCAGCAAUGUCUUCAUUAAGCUGGUGGGCACAGACGGGGAGAGCGAACGAACAUGGCUCCUAAGCUUCAAAGGGGCCGCAUCCUUCUUCAGAGGAGCAGUGUCUACUUUUACUGUGUCCUGCCCUACCUCUCUUGGAAAGCUGGUUCUGAUAGAACUAGACAAACAGCAUCUCCUGCUCUUCCCACAAGACUCGUGGUUUCCUGCCAAAGUGGAAGUGAAAUCCCCAGAGGGAGACACCUACCAUUUUCCCGUCUACCGCUGGAUCACUGACAGUGAGGUGCACCGCUUCAGAGAGGGAAAAGCUCUGAAAGUCUUUGAAGACAACCAUAAUCUUGGCCAGUACGCUCGGGAGCAGGAGCUGAACCAGCGAGCGGAGGACUAUCGCUGGCAUGUGUACGCAGAGGGAAUACCCCACUGCAUAAAGGUAGACAACCCUCUUUCUCUGCCUUGUGAGGUCCGCUUCUCCUUCACCAAGACUACAGAGUUUUUCUUCACUGCAUCAGCUGGGCUGACAGAGCUGAACCUGAAGGGACUUGAUGAUUGCCAUGAGAGGUGGGCUGAUAUUGAUUCGAUCAAUCGGGUGUUCUGCUGCAAACGGACGGACAUAUCAGACUAUGUCCAGCAACAUUGGAAGGAGGAUGCUCUCUUCGCCUACCAGUUUCUAAAUGGUGUCAACCCCAUUUUGAUCCAACGUUGCACAGUCCUACCCGGUAACUUUCCUGUCACUGAUGACAUGGUCUUCCUCCAUGGUCAGUGUAGCUUGGCAGAUGAAAUGAAGAAAGGCAACAUAUUCCUGUGUGACUACAAGCGUUUGGAUGGACUUCCACCAAACAUCAUCAAUGGGAAGAAGCACUACCUGAUGGCUCCCCUCAUCCUGCUCCACAAAACACCUGAUGACAAGUUGAUGCCAAUUGCCAUUCAGCUGAAGCAGACUCCAGCAGAUGACAAUCCAAUCUUUGUUCCUACUGAUUCUGAGUACGACUGGUUGCUGGCCAAGAUUUUUGUGAGAAGCGCGGAUUUCAAUGAGCAUCAACUCAACUCUCACCUGCUGCGCACUCACCUGCUGGCCGAAGCUUUUGCAGUGUCACUGCUGCGCAACGUGCCCAUGGUGCAUCCGCUGUACAAGCUCCUCAUACCUCACACUCGCUACACUCUGCAGAUCAACUACUUAGCUCGGCUUCUUCUAAUAUCUGAGACUGGAGUUUUCACAAAGUUUGCAUCCUCCGGGGGAGAGGCUAUGCUCACAAUCCUGAAUAGAUCACUGUCAUCAGUGAAAUACAGCUCCCUCUGUAUACCAGACGACAUUGCAGAGCGUGGGCUACAGGAUGUGCCAAACUUCUACUACAGGGAUGAUGGACUCCGGCUUUGGGAUAUCAUCUACAGGUUUGUGAAGGGAAUACUCAGCUACUACUACAAGAACGACGUUGAGGUCCAGCAAGACUCUGAGCUGCAGAAGUGGAUUAUGGACAUUUUUGAACAUGGAUUCCUUUCUCAAGAAGACACAGGAAUUCCUCAGAGAUUUACAACUGUGGCUCAGCUGAUCAAGUUUGUCACCAUGGUGAUCUUCACUGGCUCAGCCCAGCACUCAGCUGUGAACACUGGACAGUAUGACUAUGGUGGCUGGAUGCCCAACACUCCCAUCUCCCUACAACUCCCUCCACCAACCACAAAGGGGACAACAAGCGAGGCAACGAUGCUGCAGACUUUCCCUGACAUCAGCACAACAGUUCAGGGCAUGGCCACCAUGUGGCUACUGAGCAGGCAGUCUUCUGACUUCGUCCCACUUGGCCAGUACCAUGAAGACCAUUUCAGUGAGGAGAUUCCCCACAAGCUGAUAAAGGAUUUUCAGGGAGAACUUGAAGUGCUGAGUACAGCCAUCAAAGUCAGGAACAGGAGUCUGGAAAUCCCAUACACAUACAUGGAUCCACAGGGGGUAGAAAACAGUGUUGCCAUUUAAAACUCAGAAGGUGUGGUGACCUCCUCAGCUGCUGCUCAAAUUCAGCUGCACGUGGUUAAAAGGGAGCAGGGGAAGAACUGCAGGCACUGUUUUUAACUGAUACUAUAGUGGAAAGAAACUAUUGAUGAGUAGAUGUAUAAAGUUAAUAUAUUAAUCAAACUAUGUUAAAAAUGACUUUUUUCCUCAUGCUUCACUAGUUCAGUACUGGCCAGUUUAUCAAAAAAAAAGACAUUGUAAAAAUACAAGAUGUGAAUCUGCUUUGACAAGUUUGCCAUUGUUUGCUGUCAUUGGACUAUUGUUUUAUUCUUUUUUUGUCUUGACACAACAAUUAAUAAAGCUGUUAUUGAUCCUGAAUCAACUAUUA